AUGGAAGCCAACGUCCCAACAAGCAACAAUCCCCCCAUCGACCUUGACCUAUUAUACGACCUUGCCGAAGGAUACCAGCUUCGAAUCCACUUCCAACCACUGCCUUUAUACAAUCCUAGCACUCUCUAUGAUGAUCUAGAAUUCUUGCCUCCACUUCUCCGACUGGCAUUUGCAGCAAUAACCUUCAAGUUCGCCGAUAACCCCCUGUACCGUGGCUGGGAAGGACCAGUGGGCGACGUUUACUUGAAAAGAUGCCGCGAGAAUGUCAUGGAACUGGCUUUGGAUGGUGUCAGCAAGCUGGAGGUGCUUCAAGCAUUGUGCCUCCUUGCUUUGUGCGAGAUCAAAGGUAUGACCACCGAGGUCAUGAACUUUGUGGAGACACUGUAUUAA